UUAGUGACAGGAGCUGCGCCGGAAGUUGUCCGGACUUUUUAUGAUGUGGCUCCUGUCACUUUAUGCCGGUGCGGAAGUUCUCGUUGAAAUGCUGCAACAGUCUACAGAAGGUCACAUUUGUUAUCAGAUGAGUUUCAACACCGCACAUAUUUAACGGAAACGCUCGUCUGAAUCAGUUUUAGACUACCACAAGAACUCGACUAAACGUGUCUUUGUCGUACAUUAACCGUAACGUUUGCGGGUUUUUGGUGGUAGAAAACAACGUCGUAACGACGCCUGCCGUAUUAGUAUUCAGUUUAAGUUUUUAAAUCAAACGGCGACUAACGUUUCUGUAGUUUCCUGAUGUCUGGGUCAAAAUGCUCACGGCUAAGCGGGGCGCUGGUGAAGCAGCUGCUGGACUCUGUUGACAGCAUCCUCUUUGACUGCGAUGGGGUCAUCUGGCGCGGGGAUCAAGCCAUUCCCGGAGCUCCCCAAGUCAUAAACCUACUCAAGGAGAAUGGCAAGAAAGUCUUCUUCGUCACCAACAACAGCACCAAGACGAGGAAGAUGUACGCGGAUAAGAUGUCAGCGUUAGGUUUCAAUGUGACAGAAGAGGAGGUCUUCGGGACCGCAUACUGCUGCGCCAUGUACCUGAAGACGGUCUGCAAGCUGGAGGGGAAAGUCUACCUAAUAGGAAGCAACGCUAUGAAGCAGGAGCUGGAGACCAUAGGGAUCCAGCAGACCGGGUUGGGACCUGACCACAUCUCCGGUAAGCAGAUCGACUGGGCCAGCGUGCCUCUGGACCCCGAGGUGAAGGCGGUGGUGGUCGGUUUCGACGAACACUUCAGUUACAUGAAGCUGAACCGAGCCCUGCAGUACUUGAUCCACCAGGACUGUCUGUUUGUGGGAACUAAUAGAGACAACAGGCUGCCUUUGGAGGGAGGCAAGGCUGUCCCAGGUACAGGCUGCCUGCUGCAGGCUGUUGAGACCGCGGCCCAGCGUCAGGCCCAGACUGUGGGCAAACCCAACCACUUCAUGUUUGACUGUGUAGCCUCCCAGUUUGGUCUGGAACGGGGCCGCUGCCUUAUGGUUGGGGACCGUCUGGAUACUGACAUCAUGCUGGGCUCCAACUGCGGCCUGAAGACCCUUCUCACCCUGACGGGGGUCAGCACUGUCGCAGACGCUGAGGGCCAUCAGCAGAGCGGUAGUGUCGAGAGGCAGGGGAUGGUGCCGGAUUAUUACGUGGAGAGCAUCGCAGACCUCCUUCCAGCUCUACAGGGAUGAGACUGAGAAUUGUGGCUACAUAAUUUUCUAGCUGCUACAACCAUGACGUGUGUAGCUGCUCACAUGCCACAGGCUCAUUUGUAAUAAAAGGGAAUGUUUUUAA